AUGCAGAAGUCCGCCACCAUCGUAUUUAAUGGCCGCGAAGAAGUCAUUUCGCUGGAGCGCCUCAAACCGGCCUACGUCGAGACGCCUCCCAAGCAGCUCCCUGCGGAUGUCGCUUGCGCAACCAUCGAUCUGCUUGACACCAAGACAGCCUCAUCUCUGCCUCGUCGACAAGACACUCCGGUGGCCAACAGGUCGACAGCGCCUUGCCAGGGCUGGCACUACGACAUCGCCAACCAAGGCGACAGCAUCGUCAGCCGCUUCGGCCUCGUCUGCGACCGCCAGUACCUGCUCAACCUGGGCAUCGGUGUCUUCGUCAUUAUUUCCGGUCUAGUGACGCCAGUGCUUGGGUUCGCGUCCGACCGAGUGGGUCGAAGGCCCGUCACCCUGGCCUCCAUGAUCGUCCUGCUGGCUGGCACCGUUGGAAACAGCGUCGCCGGCACGUUCGCCUUCUACGUCUCCACAAGAACCGUGGUCCUGGCAACCGCCAACGCCAUCUUCAUUCUCAUUUUCAUCCUGCUCUACGAGGUGACCAGAAAAGAGUGGCGGCUGGUGUUUACCCUCCUGGUCACGGCCGUGGGACCCACCGUGGUACCUCCGUUCGUCGAUGCUCUCACCAUAUUAAAACCGAGCUGGGUGAUAUUGCACGGAGUCAUCAUCGUGCCCACGGCCAUCCUGGCGGCCUGCUGCUACCUGCUGCCAGAGUCGCCCGCCUGGCUCCUGGACACCUGGAACGUGCAGCGUGCUCAGGAAGGCAUCAUGGAGGCAGCCGUCCUUAACGGAUUGGACACCGCCAAAGCAGCGGCCACCUUUCGGGCAAUUCUCGUCCAACUGGUAAAGCUCGAUCAGAACCCCCACUCGUCAACCGAGUUCGUUGCCACUGACGGUCCCGUGCAGUUCGUGAAUAGGCGUCGCCGUGCGGCGUCGGUGUUCCUGGCCAGGCUGGCGCUCAACGCUGUCUACUACCCCCGGUGGUGA